AGUCUACAAAUAGAGCAAGAGAUUCAAGACCAUCACCAGUUCCUUCGCAUGGGUUACAGCAGCUGCUCUCAACUUCUAUCCGGUCCCCUAUUCUUCUCCAAGGUAGCGUCAUCCUGAUGCAUUCUCUUCGAGUCUCUCCUCUGCAAUCUUCAGGAUGAUUUCAAAGAAAUCCAAUGAAAGCAUGUGAACUCUCUCAUCGAAAUUGUUUGCGAAUGCGAAGCCAAACUCAAGUUUCCCCAAAAGGAUUUGGUCAAUCUAGGGUUUCAGACUCUCUGUUUGCAAAGUCAAGAAUUCACCCGAGUUUGAUGGCAAUGCAAGAAGAAGGUAGGGGGCGCGUGAUGAAACUCCCAAGUGAUAGCUCUAAGGUGAGAAUUCCCCAUGUUCUCACUGUGGCCGGUUCUGAUUCUGGAGCUGGUGCUGGAAUUCAAGCUGACCUCAAGGCUUGUGCUGCCCGUGGCGUGUACUGUUCCACUGUUAUCACUUCUGUCACUGCACAGAACACAGUUGGAGUUCAGGGUGUGAAUAUUGUGCCAGAGGAUUUUGUUGCAGAACAAUUAAAGUCCGUGCUCUCUGACAUGCAUGUUGAUGUUGUGAAAACUGGCAUGCUUCCUUCUAUUGGCAUGGUCAAGGUUUUGUACGACAGUCUUAAGCAGUUCCCAGUUCAAGUUGAAUAUUUGAAGGCAGCUUUAGUUGUUGACCCUGUCAUGGUAUCUACAAGUGGAGAUGUACUGGCUGGUCCUUCAGUUUAUGCUGAUUUUCGGGAAGUUCUUCUUCCUAUGGCUGACAUUGUCACUCCAAAUUUAAAAGAAGCAUCUGUUUUACUCGGUGGUUUUCAGUUGGAAACAGUAGAUGACAUGUGUUCUGCUGCAAAAUCUAUCCAUGAUAUGGGACCAAGAAAUGUACUUGUCAAAGGUGGAGACCUUGCUGCUUCAUUGGAUGCUGUUGAUAUUUUCUUCGAUGGUGAGAAUUUCUAUGAGCUUCGUUCACCCCGCAUAAAAACUCGUAAUACUCAUGGAACUGGCUGCACUUUGGCUUCUUGUAUAGCAGCCGAGCUUGCGAAAGGUUCUUCAAUGCUAUCAGCUGUUAAGGUAGCUAAACGCUAUGUUGAAACUGCCCUGGAUUACAGCCAAGACAUUGCCAUUGGAGAUGGACUUCAGGGUCCUUUUGACCAUCUAUUUAAGCUUAAGAGUAAUGUCCAUGGUACAUGUAGAUCACUUCCAUUUGAUCCAGAUGAUCUCUUGUUAUAUGCUAUUACUGAUUCUGGGAUGAACAAAAAGUGGGGACGUUCCAUUACAGAUGCCGUCAGAGCUGCUAUAGAAGGAGGUGCCACCAUUCUCCAGCUAAGGGAAAAGGAUUCUGAAACUAGGGAUUUUCUUGAAGCAGCAAAAGCAUGUGUUGAAAUUUGCCGUUCCCAUGGUGUUCCUCUUAUAAUAAAUGACAGAAUUGAUGUUGCCAUUGCUUGUGAUUCCGAUGGUGUGCAUGUUGGUCAGUCGGACAUGCCUGCUGGUGUUGCUCGCACUCUCCUUGGGCCUGAAAAGAUCAUUGGCGUUUCAUGCAAAACCCCAGAGCAAGCUCAGCAAGCGUGGGUGGAUGGUGCUGAUUACAUUGGUUGCGGUGGUGUAUUUCCUACAAGUACAAAAGCAAGCGAUAUCACUGUUUCUUUGGAAGGGUUAAAAGCUGUAUGUUUGUCUUCCAAGUUACCGGUGGUUGCCAUAGGAGGCAUCGGACUUUCAAAUGCGCGGUCUGUAUUGGAAAUAGGCGUCCCUACUCUAAAGGGUGUUGCAGUUGUUUCGGCUCUUUUUGAUAGAGAAUCUGUUUUGACUGAGACCAGGAAGAUGCAUGCACUGCUAAAGGAGGUAGCCUUGCCUGUAAAAUAAAGCACAGAGAGAGAGAGAGAGAGUUUCAUGCUAGUUUUAUCAUAUUAUGAUGACUUGUUACUUAUCGCAUUUUACGAGUUUUCAAAUAUCGUUGAUGGUAAGAACAUGAUUAUAUUCUUCUUGUGCCUCAUGAAGUUCAUAGUAGUGAAGCAUAACUGUUUGUGA